AUGAUGUCUUUUGCGGCAGAAGACGCUUAUCAAUUGGUGAUAAUCGUCGAAAUGUUUCUCAACAAAUUAUUUGCACUGACGACCACCGCCUCCGAGGUACGUUUCGCAUUUUUCUUCUCUUGUUCGUAGUUUGGACUCCGUUGAACUUUUUUUUAUCUUGCAUUCUUCUUCCAUAUCAUUUCUAUUUUUUCGAUUUUUUUGAAACUACUGUUUCCCAGGGUCUCUCAAAGUGACAAAUUCUUGCGAGGCCUAAAUUUCCACUGAAAAAAGCUUUCCGUCGCAAGACCUCAUUUGACAUCUGUCCAUGCUCCUUUAAAACCUUAAAAGUUAUGCGAAUGAAAAUUUUUUUAUACUCUCUUCACCUCCAGCUUGAAGUCGAACAAGUAUUCACUCCAUAUUCCGUUAUUUUGAUCGUUUUCCAAGCCAGCCAUGAAUGAACUAUCAUUUUUUUUAAAAAGAUUAAUCACCGGAAACAAACUGAAGAAGCGAUAAUGAACUACGAGACUAUUUUAAGAGAGAAAGAGUAGGCGUGCCCCUCUUUCUCAUCUGAACAACUACCGCCAAACUCUGUCGGCGGUUUCAAUAAGCCCCGCGGCGUCUCCAUCACAGACGUCUCCGGCCGCCGAGAAGGAGGCACCAAAUCUGUGCAGUACCUCGAAGAUAAGCCCCGCCCACUACUACACACGACGCCUCAACGCUUUGGUCAGUUUUUGAUCUGUCAACAGCAACGGUCAGCGGGACAGCCGUUAUUUAAUAUGUUCUUGUAGAUUCGACUUUAAUGUACCUUUCUAAUGCAUUUUUUUAGUACUAUUUUUGAGCCUUGAAAAAAACUUUUAAAAAAAUGCUCUAAAAUCCAGCUGAAUUUUAAAAAUUUGAAUUCACAUGUAUAAUGGCUCAAGUUCAAGCUGAAGUUUCAAAAAUUUGUAAAAAAAUUUUUUUAUCGGUACCUUAAAUAUUUCUGUUUUUAAAUUUUCAAUUUAGCGCAAGUCGUUUAAAGUCGGUUGCGUUUGUAAGCUGCCUUGAGCUUUUUCCUUGCAAGCUUCUUAUUUUCAGCGAUAUUUUGGCUUUUUAAAACUUUUUUUACUAGAGAAAAAAAUUAACUUCAAAGACAAAAUAAUUUUUUUCCAGUGAAAUCGGACUCAUUAAUUUUUCAUUAACAAAAUUUUUUACAAGCCUAAAGAAAAUUUUUAAAAAAGUCAAAAACGCCGCGAAAUUUAUUAGUUUUUCGGAGGGGGCGUGUCUUAGUUUGAAUAAAGAUUUUUGAAAAUGAAAAAAGCUCACCUUCAUUCUAAAUAUCAGUUUCUGCUCAUUAAUUUCUUCCCAUGCUUUCUUUUAAAUGAAGCCGUCGCAAAAUCCAACCAUCGAGACACUGUCAAUCAUUCUUUCCAAACUAUAGUCCACUCAACAGUUUUCUAGAGUAUUUGAAGGCUUUUGUAGCCAAAAUUAUCACUAAAAAGCUUUCCGCCUCGAAAACUAUUUUGAAACGUGUUCAUGCUCCUUUAAAAAAACCAUCCAGCCUAUUUCGAAUUAUAGUGUAUUACUGAACAAUAUUUUCAGCAACAGAUGCGUCCUCCAUGA